GCCGCGGCGCUCGGCGAGGCGCGCACGGCCCCAGGCGGCUGCGCCCAGUGGAGGCAGCGCCCGCCCGCCCGCCUGCAGUGCUCCGGCCCGGCCCCCGCCGGCGCUCGUCGUGUCCAGCGAUCUCUCAGCCCAGCUCCGAGGUCGCGGUUCCCGGCCCAGGUCACUACCCAGGCGCACGCGGCGGCGGCGGCGCCCCGGGCUCACCAUGGUGGCAGCGCGCGCCGAGUGCCCGCGCGUCGCCGGCCGCCCGAGCCGCAGCGCUGGCUGAGAGCGGUCCACCGAAGCCCCCUGCCCUUGCCAGUUCCCCGCCCGGCCCGCGCGUCCCCUCCGGCCGCCGCUGUCUAUGGCGCAGCCCCCCUCCCUGGAUCAUGCACAGAAACUUUCGCAAGUGGAUUUUCUACGUGUUUCUCUGCUUUGGCGUCCUCUACGUGAAGCUCGGAGCACUGUCGUCCGUCGUGGCCCUGGGAGCCAACAUCAUCUGCAACAAGAUUCCCGGCUUGGCCCCGCGGCAGCGCGCCAUCUGCCAGAGCCGGCCCGAUGCCAUCAUCGUGAUCGGGGAGGGGGCGCAGAUGGGCAUCAAUGAGUGCCAGUACCAGUUCCGCUUCGGACGCUGGAACUGCUCCGCCCUUGGCGAGAAGACCGUCUUCGGGCAAGAGCUCCGAGUAGGGAGCCGUGAGGCCGCCUUCACAUAUGCCAUCACCGCGGCCGGCGUGGCCCACGCCGUCACGGCCGCCUGCAGCCAGGGGAACCUGAGCAACUGCGGGUGUGACCGCGAGAAGCAGGGUUACUACAACCAGGCCGAGGGCUGGAAGUGGGGCGGCUGCUCGGCCGACGUGCGCUACGGCAUCGACUUCUCCCGGCGCUUCGUGGACGCCCGUGAGAUCAAGAAGAACGCGCGGCGCCUCAUGAACCUGCACAACAAUGAGGCCGGCAGAAAGGUCCUGGAGGAGCGCAUGAAGCUGGAGUGCAAGUGCCACGGCGUGUCGGGCUCGUGCACCACCAAGACGUGCUGGACCACGCUGCCCAAGUUCCGCGAGGUGGGCCACAUGCUCAAGGAGAAGUACAACGCGGCCGUGCAGGUGGAGGUGGUGCGGGCCAGCCGCCUGCGGCAGCCCACCUUCCUGCGCAUCAAGCAGCUGCGCAGCUACCAGAAGCCCAUGGAGACGGACCUGGUGUACAUUGAGAAGUCGCCCAACUACUGCGAGGAGGACGCGGCCACGGGCAGCGUGGGCACGCAGGGCCGCCUGUGCAACCGCACGUCGCUGGGCGCGGACGGCUGCGACACCAUGUGCUGCGGCCGUGGCUACAACACGCACCAGUACACCAAGGUGUGGCAGUGCAACUGCAAGUUCCACUGGUGCUGCUUCGUCAAGUGCAACACCUGCAGCGAGCGCACUGAGGUCUUCACGUGCAAGUGAG